UACUUUUUUUUAGCCAUUUAAAUUCAGGCGCGUGUGCUGGGUUUGCUCUGGCAAAUGGUGAUUGGCUAGGAAGAACAAUUGCCUUCUAUCAAGUAUUUUUCCAGCAGGGGAGGAUGGCCUUGGGCAAAUGAUGUAUCGGUCCCUAGAAAGGUCACCCCAGGACCCCCGGGAUGGAAUUUUUUUGUACAGUGCCCAGGCUUCAUUUUCUUGACCGCGCGUUGAUCUGGCCCGGCUGCUUCGGCGAGCGUAUUCUCGGUGUGUUUGGAUUAUAUUCUUCGAGUUUGUCAGAGUCUGUGGGAUUCGUUUCUCUAUCUGGGAAAGCUUCAUUGGUUUCUAUAUCUGCUGCUAUCCUAUUUCUACGAUCCUGGCAUGUUUAUUUUCCGUUGGAGUUCGAAUUUCGUGGAAAAAGUUGUGUUGAAUGAGAGCAUGUCGGCGAAAAUGGCACGUCGUGUUUCCUACCUUGUAUAUUAUUAUUGUAGAUAGAAUGAAUUUGAACAAAUUACUGCAAAUUAUCACGAAACUUCGUUGGAGCCAUAAGGACAACAACAAUUAACUGCAGAGUAAGUUUCGUUGAUCUUUAUGUAGUAUUUCCUAGAAAUUUUAGGAUGAUAUUUUUACCCCAUACAAACACUGUAAUUUUACUGGAACCGUACUGUGGUACUAUCACAGAGCCUGGGUUACCUGUGCUCGUACGACUCGACAACUUCGAUGCCGUCCCCAGUCAACUAAUGAGAUGCAUUUUCGACUCGAAAACUCUGCAUGUCAAGUCUCGACAACUUUUACGCUUUACAAGUUGUGAAAAGUAUUUUUCCACUCGUAUCAUGUUGACAGUGUUAGACAUGACUGACACAAAAGGUCCCUAUAAUCAACAAACAUAUUAUAAUGAAACGGAGCAAAUCCUUAAGUGCUGAGCACAGAUGGUCGCAUAUGCCUGGGCACAGAUGGUCCCUUACACUUGGGUACCUAUGGUCCCUUACACUUGGGCACAGAUGGUCCCAUACACUUGUGCACAGAUAGUCCCCUACACGUGGGCACAGAUGGUCCCUGAUACACUCAGUCACAAAAGGUUCCUUAAACUUGGGCACAGAUGGGCCUAAACUCCUCGGGCACAACAUAAACCAAUAAGCUCGAGCUUCCGCAGACCUCUCAAAUCACAAAUCACAGCGAAACUCACGCACGUAUCAAAAAUAUAAAUUCAUGAACGUUUAAAUAUUGGAAGCAAAAAAUUCUUCUUCAAUGAAAUUUGUAAAAGGUUCCCUGCGCAAAGAACGCGAGUCAGCUCCUCCUAUAACGGAAGCAUAAACCCCUAAAAAAAUGAAAAAAAAAAAAGGUACAAAUUCCGCCCCAAACAACAAACGAACAAGUAAACAAAAUACGGAAAUAAAAAAGUAACAAGUGGGCUAAAUUUUGCAUUCAACACUUCUUCAUUACUCUAAACAAAUCCUUGGGUAAUUCAUAACGACGAGAGCAUAUUUCUUCGCUAAUUUUUCUAAAACGCGGAAAAAUCUUAAACCUUUUCAUGAUUUCCUGUGCUCCACAUUUUUCGCGCCACCAGUGCGGUAACCUGGGAAACUUUUAUCGAAAGUGCCGAUAAUUAAAGGACGCCGACAGCUGAUGUUUUUGACAUUUAAGAUCGCAUUUUCAUUAGUUUUGGAACUAUUGUGAUAAAAUUCAUAGUUAGCAAAACAAAAUGGACUGGUUUUGGCUAGGAUUGACAAUAUUAUUCAACUUUAGCGAAUAGUCACUGAGGCCACAAUGGGACUAGCCAGACGUUCUGUGAAGAAGUGAUGGAGACCAAUACAAAGAAUCUGCAAUAAACACCUUUUAUUUGCAUUGGACAAUUAGAAAUUUCAGUUCCAAGCUGAAUUAACUGAAUUUAUUUAUGUAUUAUUUAUGUGUGUGUAUGUACAAAAGUAAUUAUCUCCCUUGGUUUUAAAUUUAUAAACUUGACAGAUUUGUCAUGCUAUAUUUUAGUAUUACAUCAAAUGAAAUACAGCAAACCGCGUGCCCUAUUAAAGCAAAAUUCAUUUUUCCAUAUUUUUUUUUGUUUAAAUACUUCGGAAUGCAGGCUAACUCAUAGUGAUGUCCAUAUCUCUUUAAUAAUCUUAUAUUACUCGAUUUCUCUUUCCCUUUUUUUUUUAAACAAAACUUAUUUUUGAAGGCUAAUUUCAAAUUUUUAGUCUUCAAGUCUGGUGUUGUUUAAACCGACAGAUUUUACAUAACCUUCGCGUGUCUUAGCGACAGUGCAUCAUGGAUUUAUAAAUAAUCCAUGUCAGUCUAAAAGUUUACAACAACUUCCAUUAGGGCAAUGUCUUUUCAAAAAGUACCAGAACGUAUUGAACUGGCGAAGAAUCGAAAUCUUCAAACAGAUGUACAACGUCUUUUCUUGUGGUGUUUGACAGCUCAGUUUUGACUAAGGUGUUUUAACAUGGUAACACGCUCCUGAUAGCAUGUCGAACAUGUCUUAACUUCCAACAGUAGAUCAUUGGGUUGAGAGAGGAAUUAAAGAGCACCAUUGUGCUAGCAUAAAGUCUAAACUGCCCUAAUACCGCACUUGGCCCAUUAAUUUGAGAUGUAACCCAAUGACACGUGAUUGGUAGAUAACAAACGACGAACACAAGAUACAAGUAAAAUGUACCAACUGCCGCUUUUCUAUCCCUCGCAGCAUUCGCUAUAGCUUCCCUAUUCUGGGCUUGCUGGGCUUGCAGAGCAUGAAUUUGAUUUUUGUGGUGUCGUAAGGCUAAAUAAAUCUUGACAUAAAAGAAGACUGUAGUUAUGUAACAAAGAAACUCAAUAGCUACUGUAACAGUGGAGGAAAUUUUUCGUGGAGACCACUUCACUAGUAUCGUCAGAAUUAAGCUCAAAAUCACAAUCGAAGUGACCAAAGCAGCAAUGCACUUAUGAGUUACAAGUUCCUGGUAUCGGAGAUGAAGACGAAUUGCCAAAAAUCUGUCUAUGGUUAGAGCCAUAACACCAAAAAAAGAACUAUAGAAGAGAAAAUUCCCCGUGAGGUAAAAAAUGUUCGACGUAAUCUCAAACGUUCGAGUUUGAUCUUUUUGUUCUAUCAUCAUGAAAAGCCUUGCAGUAUUCAAAGGUUGGACAAACAAGCCAACACCAAGAUCAGAAACAGCAAGACUCAGAAGCUUGGUUCUCAAAUUCCUCGGUAAUGUCGAGGAGCUCAGUUUUCUCAGCGCGAGGAUCGUUACAAGAUUGAAUGCAGUGGCGGUGAAACAUAAGAAGGAAUUUAAGACGAAGUUUAUCAUGAGCGUCGAAUAGAAAUUGUCUGCCGUACUCAUUGUUCAUAACUUGAUGAAGACUUGACGAAGAGCUUUGUCGGCUGAAGUGUCUCGAUCAUGAAGGUUUUCACAGUCUCAACAAGCAAAGCGAACUUUUUCAGAAACGGCCUGCAAGGCUCCCCACAUGCAUGUCCAUCUGGUUCUUGCCUUAUGAAAUUCUAUUUUUCAGUUGCGUGUCAUUGUUGAGUUUUUUGCGUUAUGUAUUUUAACUAUUAAAAUUAGUACGUUUUUCAACUUGUAGCCAGUCAAGGCAAGGUAAUAUAUAGUGAUAGUACCAGCCCUCCAUUUAAAGAUAGGAUUCUGGAGUCGAAACAGAUGCUAUGUUAAGUUAAGGUGCUGAUAGUUGGCAAAAUACGAACCGACUUGGAAACAUGUGUUCCGUACUCAUUAAUAAUUUAAUAAUCAGUUUGCAAAUGUGCAAUUCUGAUAUAUACAUGGCUAAACUCCCUGUCCAAUAUUCUCGGCCAAAUUAUCGCCGGAUAUAUACAUACACAAUACUUCAUUAUUACCUCCCCAAAGGGGCUUUUCAGGAACAACUAUUAAUUAAAAGCAUUACGUUAUUUAUAAUAACUAAUUACAACACUCAACUAAAAAGAUCGAAAUAUUAGCCCAAAAUAGUCUCCUCCAAGUUGUUUUUCUUUCACGGCUUUUGCUCUAAUACACACGGCAAAUGUAAACUGUAGCAAUUGGGCUCUAAAGCGAUAGAUAUGCCAGAAAUUAGGCAAAACAAAAAUUUUUUUGCCUCCUUUCUCGACGAAAAUUGAUUGUAUUCGGAGCCCGAAUUCUCAAUAGGGAUAUUAAGGAUAUAUUAUUUAGCAGGAAAACCGUUUUUAGUCGACGAUACUUUCCCAUGGUAAUCACCAGCUGAGACUUUAACCAUGCUAUAUUUUAUAACAUUUAUGCACAGCCCCGCGUAUAUCAUUUUAGUAAAAUCUAACUGGUGGUCUCUUAUCAAUGCUGCGUUCUGAUUGGUUGAACUACUGCUAGGCUAUAUGUUAUAACCCUCUAGUAGCGAAAAGCGCCGGCUUUGAAAACCGAAACAAUGGCGGCUGAACCGUGUUUUGCUAGCUAAAGUUGUUUUGUCUCGAUAUUUUUGACCAACUAGUUAGAUUUUACGAAAACAAUUGUUCAGGGGCACCCAACGAGAAUAUAGUUCAAAACCACUUAAACAUAGCAUUGUUAAAUGUAUUUUAGUAUUUAAACGGUAGAUAUAGGCAUAUUUUUAUCCCCUAAAUUUUUUCAUCUGUUUGGAUUUCCUAGCUGAAAGUCUAGUGAUCCGAAAAUUAUAGGGAUCAAAACUUACCUUUUCGAAAAUUUCAGCCAGAAAAAAGGCUCCCGAAAAUUCUAGGUGACCUUUUAAGGGUAAAAAUCCGUUAAAAAUCGGCAACUAUAGUAGUUUUUAGAUGUUUGAAAAUCCUAGGAGAGGCAGGCAAGCAAAAAAUUUUACAACAAAUGUUCCGAAAAUUCUAGAUCUCAAAUCGUCUUCCGAACAGAUAUUUUCCGAAAAUUGUCGUUGGGUGCCCCUGAUUAUUCCUCUCGCCCUCAUGGCCUCUGAGUCAAUAGCCUAUUCGGCCUAACAAGAAAACGUUAGCCCCGCGUACAUUAUGACUAGGACAUGACAUCAGAGAUUCCAACCCUCCCGAUUUGAUCGGGAGUCUCCCGAUUUGAUCUCUUGCCUCCCGCUCUCCCGAUUUUUACCAAAUUCUCCCGAUUUAUUAUAAAAUUCUGAAAACUAGGAAAAAAUUGCUAAUCUUAAGAAUUUUUGGCGAUCUGUCACUGUGAAGCACUCAUAUUAUACUUACUUUCUUCGUGAAAAGCAUUAUGGUAUGUUAUAACUCAGGCCGGAAUGAUGUCAAAAUUCAGGAAAUGGAACUUGAGAGAACCUAAAUUUGCAAAAUUUCCCGGGGGAGCAUGCCCCCAGUCCCCCCUAGAAGCUCGCGCCUUCGGCGCUAAUAAUUACUCCCUAUUUUCCAUCACAUGGGGUUGGAAUCUCUGUGACAUUAUGACGUGCGGUGAAACAGGUGGAGGUUAGCCAUAGCGUAAUGAACACAUCAUGUGCCAAUUUUUCAGCAGGUUUAUUUCUUCUUUGGCCUGAGUCGAUAUUUACCACUGAAACAUUGCACCCAGACACUGAAAGAGGGGCAAAUCAGUUGACUUCACCAUUACUGAAAGCGUUAGUCGAUCUUAGUUCGUUAGUUCAAGUAUUCGAUGCAAGGCGCAAGCCUUAACUUUUGUUAAUAGGCAAGAAACUGACUAAAUGGAAUGAUAUUGCUCCUCUUUGCUAUUUCCUAGUCUUUUAGAGGAUAUAUCAUGAGGGGCGUCCAUUAGACAUGAGGCGUUUAUUAGUUACAAAGGGGCGUGUUAUACAUAUAUGAUGAGCAUUAAUUUCGAAAAAUUAGCGUAACUCAAAACAGUAAAUGUUGUAACGCGGAUUUUUGGUCGGUUCGUACGCAAGAUUCGUCUUGAAAUUUCAAGGUGUUGCAGUGAAUAGUAGUCUUUCACUAGCCUAAAUAAGCUAAGAAAUAUUUCAAGACAAGUAAAUUUUAAAUUCUUCAAGUAAAAGAAAGCUUCACACACAACCUAUCUUUUUUAUUUCAGGUUUACUUAAGCCUAUUUUCCCACGCAACAUAAUUAAGAUUGAUUGACAUGCUUCGCCUUUCUCAAAGCUUAGAAACCGCUAUUCUUUCAAGUCCCUGAACUUUCUUGAAUCGUUUCAACUUUCCGACUUAUUAAAAUGAGAUGCAAAGUAAAGUUACUUGAGAUUUUACUUAGGCCUUCACACACGCAUUCUUAACUAAGUAAAACUUAGCAGCUCUUAAGUCUUAUUUAACAGCCCAGUGUAAGACAACCAAUCUCAAUGAAAGUUUUGGACAUUAAUAUAUGUACAUCAUGGAGAUUGUAUGAUAAGGUUUAAAAAGAAUUCUACCAAGCCGUUUUAGAGAUAAACAGAAAAGCGCUAAAAGUCAAAAUUUAGAAUAAAGUUGCACUUAAACAGGUGGUGAGAAAACAGGUUAUUUUUCAGGAUUGCAAGAAAGGAAAUACACCAAAAUUUCCUAGCGUCGAAAUAUGAUAUUAAGCAGCCUUCUGACGCUACUUAAGAUAAAUUUGAUAAAUUUAGAACUUUUUUAUUAAAUACUUUAUCACGGUUAUUGAAAGUAUAAGGCUUGGAAUAUAUUUUCGUUGUAUUUGAAUUCAAACGCAGAAUUUUUUACUUCUCACGGAGGUUAUUUGCUUAACACCACACUUUAAGUUCCUGGUGUCGGAUUUUCAGUAGCAGGUCUAGAUCGCGCGAAAUUCGGAUUUAAUCGAUUUUGAAGUUUCUGGUUUAUUGUUGUCACAGUGGUAUCGAUUUUACUAGAAACUGCAUUUUGACAAACUUCAAUUCAAAGUUAAUCACUGGUGAAAAUUUUGUGGUGAUCGGACAAGGAUAAGAUCACUUUUAAGGGGAUUGAAAAACAUUGGUAAGGUCUCCGAGAAACUGUAUCGAAACACCUUAACAAGAGCAAUGUUGAAUUUGUAAUUAAAAAAUAACAAAAAAUAACGAUCUGAAGGUUUUUUUUCGAUGAGUAAAGAAAUAGUCGCAAUUCAAGUUAUCCAAUGAAUCUAUCUUAAUCAUAGGUAUAAUUAAUCAUAAUUAAGCUAUUCAAUAGGCGGCGGUUUCCAAAAUGGGAAAUACAUAUGGAAAAUUUGAUGGCAACAAAAGUCGUGUACUUUCGAGAUAUACUAACUUCCGAGUUAGGAUUCGAGUUAGUAUUUCCAGGUGGAUUUUCGAGUUAUCGUCAGGUCUCUUAGUGCAAAAUAUGGGCCGGAUCGUUACAGAUGUGACAAAAGAGUCAAAUUUUGCACAGAGCUUGCUUGGCACCUGCUGAUUAAUAAUGCAGGGGGUGCUCUUUAAAAACGGUUCUAAAUACAGUUGAGGCUCUCUUAACGGACACACUCGCAAGCGGAAAGCUCUUUUUACGGCCGCCUUCACAAAACCCAGAUUAGGGAACUUCAAGAUCCAACGAAGCGGACGGCAACGAGAACGUCAAAGGUUUAAUAAGCAAAACAACAACUUUGCACGUACAUCACGCUUUUUUGUACAUUUCUUGUAAUCCUGUUUUUGCACGACUUCGACGACUUCGACUUCGACUUCGCCUAAUUUCGCGUUUUAAGGACCCACCACACCCCACCGCAGGAAACCCAAUUCGUUGUUAUAGGUAAAAAUUAAGCGCCCCUUUAAUCUAUACAGUGAAAGCUCUCAGAAGCAGACACCCUCGGUACGCGAGAAAGGUGUCCGUAACUGGAACUGUCCUCUUACGGGAAUGUAAAAAUACAGAGUUUGUAUGGGAGUUAAAAAAAUAGGGCCUUUAAGAUCCAACGACGCGACGGCAACGAGAACGUCGCUUAAAAAGUGAAUUUGCGUUCUUUCAGUCUUUACAGCGAUUAUUCCUACCCACUUACUUUGUCAAAUGUAGGCGAACCCUCCUGAGGCUGAAUGUCAAGUGACCAUUAUUCAAGCUCAGAAAGAGAAAUAAAAUUUCUUCGUUGCUUGUUUACGUCCUGCUCUUUUUGUUUGAUUUGGCUUAGAAAAAAUGCGCAACUGAAAUUUCUCAAUUUUUAUUUUGGUAAUGUUUAGUUGUUGUUACACUAUUCACAAUAGUUUUACAAGCGUACUAACUAGUGCCCAGUCUCCACUCGGUAAGUGUAGCUAUGUUCGUUGUGCGGCUAUCAGUGUCACUGCUAAGGCUUACCAACACCGCGGCAAAACGCAUUGCGCAUGAGCACAAAAUUUAACAUCCGGUCAGCUUUUUAUUUCCGGUCUAGUAUAUAAACCAAUUGCGUAAGCAUGACAUUGCCGUCGCGCCAAGUUUAAAAGCAAAAAGGGCGAAACAGACAAAAAAGGGGGCCAAAAAAAUCACUUCAUUCGAAAGCUUAUAUAUUUUUCUAGUGUCAAACUUUUGCACCACAUGGUUAUCUGUUUGCACCAACGGUGAAAAUGAUGUUUGAAGUUUGCAGGUGCCGGGAAACUAAACAUGCCUAUAAAGACUUUCAUUCAAGAAAAUGCCUAUUUAAUUCUUUUACAUGGUUGUUCUUUGGUUGUUCUAUGGUCCGUGAAGACUUCAAUAAUUUCAGACUGUGCGGCUCGACUGCAUCUCACGCAAACACGAAACUUUCAGCUACUAAAUACAUGGCAUGAAAUUUCGACUUCUAAAAGCCAUCGAACCAGCUUUCGCUCUCUGAUUCUGAGAAUGAAAAAAAUAAAUAGAGUUGUCAACUUGCUGCCAAAUUCAGCUGUAUGUUUAAGCUUAUGUUUCAUGGCAAUCAACUCAGAAGAGUUUCGUUUCAAAACACGAAAAUAAAAAAUAAAUAAAUAAAGCUCGAAUCGGCUUUAAGGCAUGAAGACUGAGAUACUGAAGAACUGAAAAUUAGAACUACAAUACACAAGCUUGCAAUGACAACUUUUUUGUCUUAGUUUCAGCCAGGUUAAGUGAAAAAUAACAGUCAAAAACUUUGUUUUCGUGAAUGAAAAUCAGUUUACCUGACGCUCUAGCCAAAAUUACACACUGAGUUAUUAUCAACUUACCUUUUCUGAAUCUAAUCGAGUAAUUGUUUCAGUGAUCUGUGCCUGGUUAUCCAUAAAAGCAAUUUCAAUAACUACGAAAUAGUCAAAAACACGAGUAGCAUGAAGCAGAACAACUGAACCACAAGCUGCACACAGAGUGAAGCCGAGCGCGUGGGAGACUUUGAUCUGACUGGAAAGUGUGACUGAAAAAGAGACCGGAAAUGCUCAACCUGGCGCAUGCGUAGACGUUUUGCCGCGGUGUUAGGCUUACCAGUAAUAACUACAUGUCAAUUGUUAAAAAAGAUCUUCAAGCCAGCUUCCAAAGUUGUGAUACGAUAACAUUAACACCCAAAGGAAUUACAUCCUAAACAAAAGAACCCAAUCCCAGCUCGGUCAUCUUCUCCCAAAAACAAGGACCGGAAAUAGUUAAAAUUUUGACAUGUCCGAAUGAGAGACCUCUUGAGCCGUAAUGUUACGCGCUCACUUCGUGCAGUUAAAAUUAUAUUACAAUUUGCUUCGCUCGUAAUACUAUUCUUAAGAUCGACAAAAAAAAAUACCUCUCCAGGAAUUAUUAACACUUUAAAUUUUUUACACAUUUGCAUUUACAAGGCAGUGUGAGCUCGCUGCACGCCUAGACACCUGUAAGCAGCUCAUUCACUUGAGAGCCCUCGUACCAUCCUCUUUUUCCCUGAGGAACUGUCGAGGAGAUGUUUCUGCUUGCUCAGAGUGCACACUGGAUCAUGUGGAUGUCCAGAUUCCAGCUUCAUCGGUGGGCGUGUGUUGAAGGGCAUAUUUCCGAGUAAAAUGAAUGAAAUUGUAAUGGUGUUUAAGCGAUUUAAGAAAGAAAAUGAGCGAUUAGAACACACAACGUUUUAAUUCAAAGACAACCCAUAGCUAUUUGACUUAAGAAGCCUUAACUCUGUAUCCGCUAUCGAGAUUGGCGCGGCGCAGUUUUGCUCCAUCACAGAAAUCACCCUUCUUUUGUGUAAACAGAAGCCCUGUCCGGUCUGAUUUUCGUGGCGGUGUCAUCAUCUGUGCAAUUGUUGGUGUAUAGACCACGUUUUCAUGUUCAAGUUGUCGAUACAUCCUUCUUUGCUAAUCCUCCAAUUCGUUCGACCAGAAACGUUCAACUCCUUAUGUGUUUCUGGUUCGACUUAAGAGGUACUUGUGUAUAAUUGUGUGCAAACCAAUUCCUCUGGCUUGAAAAAUAGAAUUGUCCUUGAGAAGUCCUUGAAGAAGGUUGUUAAAGCAUUAAUUUGAUCUCGUUUCCUUAUCCUUCUGGCAUACUGUUGUAGUCGACCAAAAGGAGUUGCAAAGAGUAUGGAUUGAAAUUCCUAGAUCUAGAUUCUACAUGCAUUUGCUUUGUAAUGAAGAAACUUUACGGAAGUAAGCUCAAUAUAUGUCAUUGCUCUCAUUAACCCGCUUUACUUUAAUCUCACUUUUGCUGUCAUGUUUAUUCGUAGACAAGAUAGUAGAAGAAAAGGUGUUGGUUCAACCCAAGUUUAUUCCAACCGGACCCAUAAAGGAUCCUAUCGCCAGAGGAAAACCACAGUGGAAUUAGGCAAGGAAGUUUCUUCUUUUUUAGAUACCGUAAAAUUCCGAAAAUAAGCCCCUCCAAAUAUAAGCCCCACAAACUCGUAGCGCAAAAAACCCUCCGUUAAAUCGCCCCUCCAAAUAUUAGCCCCCCGAGGACUUGUACUGGGAAAUUGCCCUCAAGUACAGAGUAAAACAAAGCAAAAACGGUAAAUUUCUUUCCAACUAUGAGGCUAGCCCGAUCGAUUUUGAAACGCAAAUUUCCCUCCAUAGAUAAGCCCCUCCAAAUAUAAGCUCCUCCAAAAAUAAGCCUCUCAAGAAGGGCCUUUGAAAAAUAUAAGCCCCGGGGCUUAUUUUCGGAAUUUUACGGUAUUUCCUAAUUCGAGCUGGAGGGAGUCUUAGAGCUCGUGCGUUCAUUCCCUCCUACGUUCCCCAAGAAAAUAGGCCCCGUUGGGGAAAAGUCUUUACGCUUAGCAACGGAACACGUUCAGACUUCAUGUUACUGCACAGAUAUUCGAUUGGUAUAUUUAUCAUACUCUCGUUAUUUAUUAAGUAAAACUUAUUUCUGGUGAACUAUACAGCUAACUUGAAAGUUAUUUAUAGCGCUUAUGUCAUGAUAAUAAGGAUUUUUUUACAAUAAUUGAUGUCAGUCGGGGUUUGACAUUGUUUCCUUGACUUCUCACCAACAUUUUGUAGGCAAACCCGUGGGAAAAAAAGCGUUUUCACGACUAUUUUAUUCAUUUGUAAGCAACGUUUGCGUUCUUAUUUUGCUAAAAAAAAAGGUAACUAACUAAUUAGUUAAUUGAAGGCACUAAGUCAGAUUUUUGAAACUUGCUACGUUAGAUGUAAUCCAUCCCAUAGCAUACUGCGUGCCUGUUUUAUUGAAUUUAACCAUGUUAUAAAGGAGCAGGGGACUGGGUACGAAUACCUAAAAUCGAUUGAAUCGAUAAAAGCAAUGCAGAGAUUAGAACAUUUACUAUUGACUGCAUUUUUAAGGCCCACGAUUUCUAGAAACUUUUGAAAGUCAAACUUUGACGUCCCUUUUUUCUAAUCUCGCUCAAAUUUUGCAAUCUGAAUUAGCAAUAUAUGUCAAAAAAAUUAUCAAUAAAGGCG